GUGGGUUACACUUGGAGACAGCACGUAGAGACAAACACUGACACCCACACAGAUUCCCAGGCCAGAUAUACAAGCUGCUAAUUAGUCCUCUGUCUGUCUGUACCACGACCGUAUAGAACUACUCACAGAGAAGGAGCCUUUCCGACGUGCCAAGAGGAAGAGGGAAUGGCCAUACCCAGGGUGUCCAACUCAAAUACCCCAUUCAUCGAAGUGAAGGGAGCUUCACUGUUGUCCUCUCUGGCGGAGGGGUACGUCGUGGAGGUGGAAGAGGACCUGUUAGUGCAGACUGUCCUCCCUACCCUGAGUCUGGUGAUGGAGCAGGGCACUGCUAAGCAGGUGGUCACAGGGACACACAACAACAGCGACCGGAUCCCUUGUGUCUCCAUCAUCGCCCAGGCAGAGGGUGAAGCCUCUCAAGAGUUCAGUCCUACGAGCACAGAAUGUGUCUACUCCAGAUAUCACCUGCUCAAAAGCCAAAGGUCUAUAGCAAAAACAAAUCCACCCGAGAGUGAUACCGACGAAGAGAACUACGUGGGUACCGCACGCAAAGUCCCGCGACACCGCAUUCGAAGGAAGCUCCGGCGAAGGGCUCAGGAAGGAAGACCGAGGGAGGAGGGUCAAGAGCCCCCGGUCAUCCAGGGCUUAUGGGUGCAGGAGAUUGACUGGUCCAAAUCAACCAACAGGGACAUGAGCUGGGCCUCGGAUACCAGUCAACAUACGCUGGACUCCCCCGUACAUAAAUUUUCAACCCGGGACCCUCAGAGUCCUGGUGACUGCUUGGAAGGUGCGUCAAGAUGUGUGGACGGCCUGUCGGACAUCUUCUACGAACUCACAGGUGUUCCCGACUCCUCUAGUGAAUCAGUGGGAGGGACUGACUCACCCUGCAGCCUAAAGAGUAUAUCUGACUCGGAAUCCAUCCACACUCAUGAGGGCGGGUCGGACUCUGUCUGCAGCCUGGUGGAUGUGUCGGACUGCCUCUCCAGCGUGAUGUGUGUUUCGGACGACUUCCUAGCACCAGUGGGUACCACAUCUGCCUGUAACUCCUCUUGCAGUCUGAUGGGUGUGUCUGACGCCCACAGCCGGCGGUCCAGCUCCAGUGAGGAGGGUGCAUCCAGCUCGUUCUGCGGUCUGGUGGGUGUGUCUGACGCCCACAGCCGGCGGUCCAGCUCCAGUGAGGAGGGUGCAUCCAGCUCGUUCUGCGGUCUGGUGGGUGUGUCUGACGCCCACAGCCGGCGGUCCAGCUCCAGUGAGGAGGGUGCAUCCAGCCCGUUCUGCGGUCUGGUGGGUGUGUCUGACAUACGGGGGAUGGAGUCUGGAUCUUUGCCUAGUGGAGCAUCUAACUCUGAAACUUUGAAGGCACUGCGCGGCAGAGUUACCCCGAAGGAUCAACGCUUCAUCUCGCCUUUUUUUAAAGAGCUGGUUGAAGAUAUCUCAGAUGAGAAGAAAGAGGUCACUUCACAGAUCAAUGAAGGCCUUAUAUUACACAAGCAACUCCGGCCCGAGAAGUUUAAGUACAGGGAGGGAAAAGAAUACCACAUUCUGUACCACAUCCAGAACGGAUCAUAUGGCGACGUGUUCAGUGUUCAGGACAAACAAACCAGGUUCCAGUGCGCUGCCAAGAAAAUCCCACUGGGUAAUUUCAAUUGUGAAGAGGUGAGCACGUGGAGUGCUCUGAACUCCCCUGGCGUAGUGAAACUCUUCGGGGCAGUGAGAGAAGGCCCAUACAUCACACUCUUUAUGGACCUGAAAACAGGUUGUCUGGCCCAGCUACUGAGGGAGAAAGGGCAUUUACCAGAGGAAACAGCCUUGUACUACUUCUUUCAGCUCCUGGGAGCACUGGAGCAUCUACAUCACAGAAAAGUCCUGCAUCUGGAUGUUAAGGUAGACAAUGUGCUGCUGUCCGCAGAUGGGAGGGACACAUUCCUCUGUGACUUUGGUCUAUCUGAGACCCUGGACUCAAAUGGACAGAGCACCAAAGCCUUUAGACAAUCAGGGUGGCCGGCUGGCACGGAGACACACAUGGCACCCGAGGUGGCGCGCGGGGACCCCCGCUGUGUUAAAGCAGACGUGUGGAGUAGCUGCUGCAUGCUACUGCACAUGCUCAACGGAUGCCAUCCCUGGAUACGCUACUACAACCGCCCCCUGUGUUUCAAGAUUGUCAAUGAGCCACCACCUCUGAGGGAGGUGCCCCCCGAAUGUAACCCCUACACUGCUGAGGUGUUCAGGGCCGGACUGCAGAAAGAACCUACACAUAGAGCCUCUGCCACAGAGUUAAGAAAAAUCACCAACAAAGCCCUGAGAGCAGUGGGAUGUCUGAGCCAGAGUUCUGGUGACUGUCAGAAACUGGAAAACAUCAAGGGUGGGAAUUAUGUGAGACCAAACAUUCCCUAUGGUCCUUCUCAGUCAAAGACCACACAGUCAGCACCCACAAUGCAAUGGGUAAGCCCCUGGAGAGUGUUGGCGGCUGAUGCAGACAGCAGCGACUCUGAAAAGAGUGGAACGAAACUGAGGAGUGUUUCUAAAUCUUUGAACGAUUCCUUUGUGAAUUAUGAAGAAUCUCGCCCAAAAUCCUUGGAGGUGAGUCAUGCAGUAGAAGAUUGGGAAUCGGAGAUAGAUUCAGAAGUGGACAUUUACUUGGGGGAGGAUGAAUAUCCGGAAGAGAGCAGUGUCUUUAAGACAGGUAACUGGGAAUUUGUAGGCAGUUGGGAAGAAGAGGAGUCGGAAUGGGACCACAAUCCUUUCACAGAACUUUCGCAAGCUCUCCACACCCACUUCCCAGUACUGUGGAAAAGCCAGCCGGAGAAUGACCAAUACUGGGGAUCAGAACCUGAAUUGGAACAUUUAAGAGAUGGUCCUACCAUGGGCAGGUUGGCCCAGACCCUGUCCCCUGAGCCAAGAGACCACCCUCCCUCUUGUAUGAGCAGCACUGGUUCAUCCCAUAAUGAUACAGGCAAGGACUCUGAUCCCUUGUCUGAUGAUCUCAGCUCUGGAGUCUUCUCCUACAGCAGCCAGACAGAAGGACAAAGCUUCAACUUGGAAUGGGUGGCCUCAUCCACCAACCGGCCACCAUCGUACUGCUUCGAAGGAAUCGAGAUUUGGAUUGAGAACAUCGACGGUGAAUGUUUGAGGAUCCGUGAACGGCGUCAGGUCAAAGUGGGUCACGUUGCCAUAGGGAUAAGUGAGCAGAUCACGGUGAAAGCCUUCAGUCUGGAGACUCUGGACAGGAAGCCAAUAUCCUUCUCACAGGAAAUCAAGGAGUCUGGGUUCUGGCUCCGCUGUGUCAUCGCCCCAGACUGCUGUCCACGAUGGAGUUGGAGGGUCAAAGACAGAAAGCUGGAGAUUCGGGAAUGAGCCUGUUUUCAUGAUGUAUGUAGUUGUUUUGUAAAUUGAAACUUAGCCAGGAGCAUUUUCACCAAAUGAUGUUCCCUGGAGUGUUUUUUGUUAAUUGAAAUGAGCCUAUACUUAGAAUAAUGUAUCUAUAGCUAUUCUCUAUAAUAGACGGAAUGUCUCUCUCAAAAGUUCUCUUUAUUUGUAAAAUGUAUGUGUGUAAAUGUCACUAUUGAGCAUAAUUAAUCAUGUUGGAAUAUCCUUUUGAAAACAUAUGUUAAAGAGUCUGGCUAAGGAAUAAGGGACUAGAAACAGAAGACACCCUGCCACAUUUGAAUCACCUUACUGUAGUCAGUGCACAGUCCGAGUUAAAUCAGAGAUUUGAAGUAAACCUUCGGACCAAUUUCAUUUCUGUCUUUGCCUUUGGUUGAAUAUACUACUACUUCCUGGAUUGA